AAUGUUGCACUACUGGCUACUCUUCGCACUUUCCUGGUUUGGUUACGUUAGUACUCAAUAUAUUAAUACGGACGGGCCGGUCGAUGAAACUGUCCUAGAACCAUUAGAAGGCACCUUGCGAUCCUCCCUACAACAUAUUCAAUUUUAUAACUUGCCCGAGACCCAAUUAGACGACGCGGCGUUUUACCCACAACAAGAUGGCGAACAGAACUUCCAGAGAAUAAGACGCACCGUGCUCACCGCAGACCAACAACGGAAUAAAAAAUUAAAUGAUGAAACUGCAGAGCCUCUUUGGCUACCAAACCUCGUAGACACUGACCAAACGACUUACCUACACAGUGACAGCAAGAGCCCUAUUGUUUUACAGGAAUUUGCAGGAACAAUUGAGACAAACUCUUCGGAUUCAAUUAUUCCAAAUAUUUUCACUGCAGUGGAAAAAAGAAGUUUUAGUCCCUGGGGCGGAAAGAGAGACGGCAAACCUAUAUUCGAACAUAUGUGGACUUGGCGACGUCCCAAUUCCUUAAAAGAGCCUAGCAUGCCGAAGAGUGCUAAAAGGGUGCGAUUCAGCCCAUGGGGUGGAAAGAGAAGUUCACCUCUAAUAUAUAAACAUGGCGCAAAAAACUCUAAAAUUAUACUAUCCAACACACCCGAAAUAACACGUUUCCUGUCAAAGUACUUACCGAAUGGAAAUAGAAUCAGCUUGGCUGGCUUCGAAGUGCUUAAAUCUUUGGAUAAAAGACAACCGAUUAGAGUACUGGCACUAACUACAAAAACUGAUGACAACGGUAAGGGGGAAGCUCUGCCGUUUAAUACUUUUUUUGAAACUUUACCAAAAAUAUUCAGACCUGGCCACCCAUAUGCUGACAUCAACCUAAAGAAGGACGGAAAGAGGAAGAUGAAGUUCAGUGCUUGGGGUGGAAAAAGAGCUCCACCGAUCAUCGGACCCAUCUGGACACCCACGUCGCAACUCGACAAAGACUCGACAUUAGAUGCAUUGCUAUUGGUCAGAGACAGAAAGAAGAUUUUAGCGGCAAAGGCACUGUAACUUGGAAUACUGAAAAAAUAAUUUCGUAACUCCCGUAAUACAGUAUUUUGAAUUCUAUGUAGGAGUCACGACAUGUGGCAUUAUUUUCAAGUAGCUGUAGCCUCACAUAAUAUGUUAUAGUUGUAAGUGCCAUAAAUUGUAUAGCAAUUAUAAAAAAAUA